AUGGCCGAAGCGCGAUGCCUCCUGGGCUCGUCCUUCGCCCCGCUGCCGGCGCUUGACCCCGCGACGCCGCCCGAGAACACCCCGCGGGACGACGCCACGGAGGAAGUGGCGCAGGUGAGCUGCGAGGUGCACGAGUUGGAACUCACGUCAGGAUGUCGAGCAUUCAGCUGGCCCCUGAAGAGCCUGGCGGUGGGGACGCUUCUGCUGCUGGUCCUCGUAGGCCUCGCCACCGCCGUGCCGGCCCUGCCGUGGGCGCGGCCACCUCCGCGGGCGACGGGCGAAGCGUUUAGCGAGCUGGCCAUUGCGGACCCCACUAAGGCGAAGGUGGACAAAGUGGCGCAGCUGGUGCUGCAGCUGGUGCAUGAGAAAGCGGUGCAAGAGGAGGCGACGAAGGUCCGGAAGGUUCUUCAGACGGACAAGCUCAUGAAGGACCAAAGCGAGCAGAUCAUGGAUCUGCUGCGAUCCCUGGAGACGCGCCUGACGCCCACCGACGCCGCACGCCUCGGGGUGGAGAUCACCGUCCAUGACAUCGCCAAGAUCUUGUACCUCAACAACCCCUGGGGAGAGGUGGAGAGUGUGGAGGACAUGAAGCCGGAUGCCUUUCAGGGUGAUAUGGUUCCAGUGAACGUCCGCCAGCUGAAAGCCUUUGCCGACGUCGCCGAGCGCAAGCUGGUGCCCUCCACCGUGCGCGCGCAGCGCGCGCAGCAGCGCGCACGGCAGAAGCGGCAUGCGCGGCGGCACUUGGGAGACUGGAUGCCGGAGUUGGAUCCCUAUGCCUUUGGUGUAGGAGAAACCUGGGAGAAUGCCACGGUGCCCUUCUGCUUUCAUUCGAAGACCGCGGAGUCCGUGAAGGAUGCGGUGCGGAAGGCGGUGAUGCAGUUCUUGAAGGCGGUGCCCUGCAUCAAAUUCCAAGAAGUGGACUACAAGAGCGGCGAUCGAUGCGAGGGGACUGGUCCUUCGGUGUUGAUCACCUCUGAUCCUGGUGGUUGUUGGUCACACGUGGGGAUGCUCCGUGACUACCCCCAACGCGUGAACUUGCAGCAUCCGGGUUGCGACACCGUGGGCACUGCCUUGCACCAGCUGGGGCAUACCUUGGGCAUGGCACAUGAGCAGAGCCGGCCCGACCGAGAUAAAUAUGUGCAUCUUCACCCGAAGUUUAUUCAGGAAGACUCCUUAGACAAGUUCAAUAUGGCGGCCACCACCCACAGGUUACAGCGACCCUAUGACAUGUUGUCGAUCAUGCACUAUGAUGCUCGGGCCUUCUCCAAAAACGACUUCAGCAAGACCGUGACACCCACCGAUAGCGCCUACGAGGUUUAUACCCAAGACCCCGCGAAGUUCGAGCAGUACAAGUUGGGCAAUCGCAUAGGCUUGACUCAGUUUGAUGCGGAUCAAUUGGCAGAUCUCUACCAGUUUGAGAGUGGCUUUUGCGUGAGUCAGCUGCUCACAAGUGCCAACGAGGCUGCUGCGUGUCAAGAUCUGCAGAAAGAUGGGAAGGCCUGGAAAGAUGCCUCGGGCCGUGACUGUGAGACCUAUGUGAGGAUGGAGAAAAAUGGCUCCAUCGACAGUUGCCGCUUUGGGGAGAGUCGAAAGUAUUGCUGCGAGUGUGGCGGUGGCUUGAAACUUGAGGAGUGGUCCUGGGAGUGUGACCUUUGUCAGCCGGUGUCGUUGAAUGGUUGCAGCUGUGCGGCGGGCCCCUGGGAGAUCAAGCACUACCGGACCAGCAAAGCGUGUGGAACUCCAGGGCUCCUGGUGCACUACCCCGUCUGCAAAGUGAGCAGCUGCCCCAAGUCCUUUAGCAUUGAAGGGCUCCUCGUGGACCAUUGCGCGAUGUACACGGGCUUCACCACCAAGGGAUGUCAGUGUCGUCGGCAGCCGAAAGGUUGGACCUACAAAGGUGUUCAUGUGGAGGGCACCUGUGGAAAUCCCUCGAAGAACCCCUGGGGCGACUGGUGCUUCGUGGAAAAGGAUCAAAUCGAGUGCCAAAAGGAAGAGUGGGGCAUCUGCGAGCACGCGAAGCCGUGA